AGUUAAAAUUGUUAUUGGUUUAUUUUUAUAGGUUUUGUAGUUGGUUCAUUUGAGUUGAGUGUGUAAAUUAUGGUAGUGUUGCUCGUUAAAUGUGUUAAUUAUGGUACUAUUGACCGUUAAUUGUCUCAAUUAUGACAAUACUGAACACUGAUGUGUUAAUUAUGGUAGUUGUAGUUUCACACGUUGAAAUUCGCCACUAACAUGGACAGAGAGACGGGGAAUCAAAGCUCCUCGUCACACCGGAGGACGCAGAAACCGAAAUCUGCCGUUGAAUCCUCUAUUCCGAAGACAGCGUCUAAUAAGGAUAAAAUCGUUGGAGGUACGACCAGGAAUUUAUCAUGGCCAUUAAUGAGAAAAAACACGCGGUUCGGAAAUGAAAGGCUGCCAGAGAAGUCGAUAAGAGACCCGCGGAUGUUACAGAAACAAACGCCGGAUGGGCAGCGGUCGACUUCAAACUCCUCUUCUCAAACAGACGACUGCACAAACUGCGUAAAUACUCGAGAGGCGGCAAAACUAUCUGAUCUUGAAAGCAAUUUCCAACAAAGUCUGCAAGAGUUUCGAGAAAAUACAAGGCGCAUCGACGAAAAAGUUGAUAAGAUUUCACAAAAUUUCGACAAAAUGUGCGAUCGAGUUUCACAAAUCCAAUGUGACAUGUCUGAGGUACUGCGACUGCUCAGAACUGGAAAAGAUUUACCUAGUGAAGUGAACUCGUCACGCACACUAGUGAUCCAUGAAGGAACCAUCAAACAAAACACCAAUAAUUUGAAUAAGACACACAAUGAAAUACCAAAUAUAGAACUACCCCUUGAAAAUAUAAAAUCUGCUACCCAUGUCUCGAUUGAUAACAAAAUAAAGGACUUGAAUAUUGAAGAAGAUCGGGUACAAGAUUGCCUCGUGGGAGCGAAAGACUUUCCAAGCGUUAAAUGUACAACGUGUUUCCAAUCUGCUGCAGAAUGUUCCUGUCGUCAUUUAUCUGAACACUUAACGGAAGACUCGCGUGAAAAAGGGUCGAUAUCUAAAAUCUUAAAUGAAAAAACUGAGGUAACUUCUCCGUCCGAUCCUAUUUCGAAUAUAUUUAGUUCGCAGAACGAUAUAAUUUCGGUUGAUGACACAAUUUCACCCCCUUCCAAAGAUGGUUCAAGUUCAUCGACAAAUAAUGCUAAUCGGUUGCGUUUGACCCAUCCCUACGUUUCCCAAGAAGAAAGAGUACGCAAUCAGUCGUCGUUUAGUAGCAUCUCGUCUUUUGCAGCUGAGCUGCCAUCAAAUGAUAAUAUUCCAGACCAAGCUAUCACCAAAAAUAUGCUGAACCAAUCUAUUAAAAAAGUCCCUUCCUCUCAAAUUGAUUCUCAAGCUUCACCCAAGGAUCACCUUGCUUCAACUGUUCAAUUGACAAAACUGGGUUCUAGUUGUGUUGAUGAUAGUGCGUCAGUUGGAAAAUCGGAGAAGUCUGUAACUGCAAAGCCUGCAACCGUUCCUCGUGAUGAUUUGUCUUGCUCGUCUCUGACACUUCCUGUGAGUUUGUUACCUCCCGAGGAAGUACAUCGUUACCGCAACGCUGUUCUCAUACAGAAACUCAUUCCUGAGUCUCUUCAGCCUCUUCUGUGUUGGCUGAGUGAAGAUAAAGGGGAAUCUAAAUCUUACUUUUGGUACCUCAAGUACAGAACCAGACUUUCAGAAAAAGAAUUGAAAGAAAAGUACUAUUUCACUUCUUCAGAAUUAAAAUUAUUGAAAGAAGACGACUCAGCGGCUUUUGAUGCAACUUUACUGAUCAAGUUGAUAAAAGUAUUUGCUUGCAUCGCAGACUGCCCCCACGAAAAUCCUUGUGACCACGAUGACACCAAAGCAGAAUGUCUUUUGUGGAAAUUGAGAAAUCAUAGAAACCUAAUAAGUCAUAAAAUUAAGACAUCAUCCACAAGUGAACAUGUUUUCACGACAGCAAAAGACACGAUGAUCAAGCUUUUUUCGGUCAUAGAUUUGGAAAAAGUAAAGAUCCGAAAAGAAGUAGUGGAUCAACAUGUAGAAAAAAUCCAAGAAUCAUUCAAAAAUGUUGGCAACACUGAUCAUGAACGACAGUGUAUGGAACAACAGUUUGUGUUCAGAACAGAAGCACUGAAGGAAAGUCAGUCGUACUGGCGUCAAUACUGUACGACAGAAGCUGUUCCUUUCACCGGCAACGUAGUAAAUUCUGGAAAAGUUUAUCAUCCAAUGGAGUUGUUCGUAAAGGAAGAGUUGCUGUCGGAUGGUGGAGUAACGGAGAGGAUCUCUUACAGACACAUUUUAAAGCGAACAAAUGAAGAUGGCAGGAAAGCAACAGUUCUCGUUGGUGAAGCUGGUUCAGGGAAAACUACUGUUGUCAAAAACAUUGUGUCGCAAUUUCUUGGCAUAAUCCCAGUGGAAGUUGAGUUUCUUAAAGAAAUCCAUUUACUCUUGUUCCUGGAAUGUAGAGACCGAACCACAACGUCUCUUGAAAAUGCUUUAAAAAACAAUUUUCCACAAGCUUCUCGCAAAAUUUCGCUAUCCCUGGACAGUUUUUGCUCCCUCGGUAACAUUAUCAUAAUCGAUGGAUAUGAUGAAGUAAAUGAGUCGUCGUCGGAUGUUAUUAAUCAAAUUUUGCGCCAGAUGAAGAGCAUGAUCUCGUGUCAGAUUCUUCUCACAACGCGACCCCACAGAGCUGAUCAGUUGAAAAUUUUGCUAAAUUCAUCUGGAAUUCAGUUUACCACUUUUGAACUCGUUCCGUUGUCGGAGGAAGAGGAUCAACUUGAAUUUCUUCGUAGAUACGAAGAGAACUCAUCUGCCGAAGCUCCUUCUUCACUAGGAAUGACAUUGUCUUUCAAACGCUUACUCCCAGAAGUUAAACAAUUUUUUGUGUAUCCAAUAAAUCUUGUACUCUUCUACUUUCUGUAUACCUAUUCGCCUGAGACCAUUGAAAGUUGGGAAACUUCUAAUGAUGUCAUCGAGCAGAUGCUAAUCUUAUACGAAAAGUUUAUUGCAAAAAAGCUUCUGGAGCGUCAUCUCGUUAACCUCGAGUGCUUUAUCCGAGAAGCUCUUGGAGAAAUUUACCAAUUUGCGUUCGACUGCAUUUCAGCCAAUAAAGUCAUGCUGUCAGCUGAGGACAUGCGACCUGUACAGUGCUGUCUGGAAAAGAAAUUCCGGGAGUGGAAACUUCUUAACAAGUUGGACGUUAGUGUCGUCACCUCAGUUGUGUUCCUGACGAAAACAGUUCCAAACCCAGCGUGCCCAGUCGUCUACCAGUUUUACCAUAAAAGCAUCCAAGAAAUCAUGGCUGCGAGAACUUUUGUGAAGCUCAUGAAAAAGGAAGUGCAUGUUAAACUCGUUGACUUGCUUGCGUUUCCUGAUCCAACAGAGAAAAAGAAUCGUGAAGAUCUUAUUGACAGGUACAACAAUGUUCUGCUCUUCGUUCUAUCACAUCUCGCUCAGCCUUCUAACUGCGACACUCUGGCGGCCAGAAGCGAAGAGCUUGAGCGCCUUCUUGAACAAAAAGGCGACGACAUGUCAUUUUUUUCGGAAGUCGUUCUCACUAAACCGAAAAAUGAGAUCCUCAUUAAAAUGGGAGUUUCUUUAGUGAAGAAGUUCGAACCAAACACGAUCUCCUGCAAACGCGAAUAUCAAGCAAUGCGGGCCAUCAUGGAUUAUUACCAUCCUAAAAUGUUGGCAAUCCGCCACAACGAUGAGCAACUGCCGCCUCCACUUACAGAUCUUCUUCAUCUUGUUACAAAUAAUUUCUUGGGACAACUUAAACUCAUUAUGAUGUUCAGCUACUGGAGAUUCCAGCCACUGGACUCUCGCGUCAAAGAAAUUUCACAUUCGAGGUUCACACUAGGAUAUUUUUGUGGGUGCUUGGCGACGGACGAAGGCAUGCGGGCGUUGUCGACGCUAUUGAAUCUUUGCGACGAGCCGCCAUACGUGAGCAUAAGCGUCCCUGAUCCGUAUCACAACGGAUUACACCUGCUGCCGAUGCUCAAAUACUCAAAAAUCAGAUUCCCGUACAAAGACUUUCCAGACGGUGUUGUUAGCCGACCUAUGCCAGUGGAGGCGCCUACAGUACAUGUUGCUGCCACUGGCAAAGCCAAGGACUUAUUCAAUCUCUUAAUGUUUGUCGCUCCAGAGAAUAAGAAAUUUAGUCGCAUCAUCCUGGAACGAUGCACGUGUAGCUCAGGUUUCCUGGAGAAAGUUACGAGGUCGUUAAAGGAAGAAGGAGUCGUUACGACCCGGGCCUUCAAUACCCAAGUAGAGAAGAUGAGCUUCAGGUAUGGAUGGUGUGAAGGAUGCAAUAAUCGCGAGCACGCGCCUACGGAAACAUGCAUGGAGCUACACAUCAUAUAAACUAGAAGAAUAAUUUUAAAUGAAACUAACUUUAUUUAUUUAAUUCAAUUCGUACUUUAUCGACCACACUUAAUGUCUCCGAAAUCCGAUCAGAGAAGAAAAACAACAAGGUAGUUCUUCCUUGCAUAUACUCAGUCCUCUGUAAGAGUAUACGAGUACUAUAAUUGAAAAAAGUCCCUUUAGGUAUUCUUUCAUCUCCAGCGUUUUGUUAAUGUUAACGCUACUCAUACUUAAAAUACAACUGUCCUAACUCAGAAGUAUUAUAUCGAUUUCUUUCAGAAAGUGUAUAUUUUGGCACUCAAUCCAUACUCUGUUAACUGAUAGAUGGUCAUUGGUGUUUACUAAUUGGGCACCAAAUCACUGGACGAUUAUGAUCCAAUCGAGGUACCAAUUGUAUAGGCUUAAUUGAGCGCACUAUAUUUAAAGAGAAAUUAAAAUAUUUGAAUUGGAAUUAAUAACUUUAAAAAUCUUUUUAAACUUUGAAAUAUUAAUUUAAGUUAUGUAAUUCAAGAGUCCGGUUUCUGCAGAAUUUUUCCAUUCUUCAGCGGCGUCGAGUUUAUUGAGAUGUUCACUUCGUUUAAUUUUGAAUUAAGCUGUGUGUGUAAUAAUUGAUAUAUAAUAAAAACUGGUGGACUAAUUAAACACGCUGUAAUAAUUGAUAUGUAACAUCGGGACAAAACGAAGGUUUUGUUGAGCUGUGUGGCUAGCUGGCUAAGUUGUGCAGUGUACAGUAUACAGUGUGGCACUGUAGUGUUGCGUAGUUAGAACAGAAUUACAAUUUAUAAAUACAAUUCAGUGUCUAUUUGAUCGAACGAUUUUUUGAUUCACGGUAUUUCACUGAUUUGUUUACCUAUAAGUUAGUCAUAUACAUGUAUGAUGGUAUAAAAACGUUGUUUCAGGAUUGCCAAACAAAAGCUUCAUACAAAAAUUUUUUAACAGUGUCUGUGAAGAAUAAUAACACUUCUAUGAACUUAUUCUUUUUUGAUCGAGUUCAAUCGCGUUAGAUUAAAUAAUUUAAACGAGACAGUGUUUAAAUAACUACAUAGCAUAGCUCGUUGACGAGUAAAAGUCGCAUGUCAUCAAAUUCCUUAAAGAUUCACGCGGAAAAUUACCAGGCCUAGCAAAAUGUACAGUGAAAUGAGAAUCACAUAAACAAAUUGGCUACUAGAAAUGCUGUUUUUUCCCAGGAACUUAGUGAAAAAAGGUCACUUUUCAAAACAAAAUUGCGAUUUAUUGAUCCAGUUUUUGACAGGGUUAUAAUGAGACAUAAACAUUUGCAACAUUUAACAGUAAAAAUCACUGUCUAGGAAAGUGAGUAUAAUUUUUAGGAUGCAACCUAAUAAGAAACUGGAAAGUGCAGAAUUUAAUCGUCGAGUUUAACGUAUUUCGUACGAAGCACAACGUACGUUGAGGUGUUCUAAAUUUUUUUUAUUUCAAGUAUGUAUAUAGGUACAAACAAUUAUAACACAUUCAUUUAAUUGUUCGAUUAUAAAAGAGUGUGCGACAAGAAAACAUAAAUUUCGUAAUUGUAAAGCAAACUGUCUUCAGUGCUAGCAUUACAUUGUUUAAAUAAUUGAAAAUAUGUAAAUAAUUUAUUCGUGUAUUAAGUCUUAAUAUUUUGCCGGCUAAUAAGAUGCCGGAACUUCUUCAUUCUUUAUAUCGUUUACACUUUAGGAACUUAUUUGAACAAAAAAGAAAAAGAAAUGCCAUGUUUGAAUUUAUAACAGCCUUAUACAAAGGCUCAAUUCAAGAAAUAGUUUAAAAAUUAGCAUCCAUUUAUCUGAGCCCAUCAACGUCCUAAAAAACUACAACCGUCACGGUGCGUGCAGAAAGGUGAGUAAGUGAUUCGAGUUCCAGGUACGAAUUGUAGCCGUGGAUAAAUUACCUAGAGCCGAGUCAGUAGCUUCAUCUAACUCUUCGUGAUGGAUAUGAUGUCGGUAGUUCAAUCGGCGAGGAGGCCGGGCGCCAGCAGAGUUUGAAUCA